AUUCCCAGGACCAAACGGACAUAUAAAGGAUUAGAUGCGAGGACGACACCAAAGUGAUCGCACAUGCACCAGCAGCUAGCAAAUAUUCAACGCAAGAUUAACCAAACUAGUAGCACUCCCUGUACGUUUUAUGAUCUUAAACUUAAAACAUUAGUCAGAUAUCAAGGUGAGCAAAAAUACCUUGUUAUAGCAAAAAGAGAGGGAAGGAUGGAAAAACCGUGACACCGAACAAGGACAGGAAGUGUUUUUGAUUUUUUUUCGUACGUAACGUGCAGAAUCACGUUGUGCGUAAGAACAUUACGUCCGCAUAGUGGUGAUGUGGCGAUCUUGAUUACUGCAGAUUUUUGGGGUGCUACUCGACGUGCUUUAACUGGUAGGCGAUUUAAUGGAGAAUCAUCCUGAAAACAGAUGCGGAACUUUGCGGACUGUUUGCGUUGAACUGAAAACUUUAAAUUUAGAUUCGACAUACGCAGAUUUAGUUUAAAGGAAAAUAAAUAAUCGCCGAACCGAUAAAUGGCGAACAUAUUACAUAAAUACGAACGUCAAAAGCUCGACCGGUCUGUUUAGAUCCCUGCCUUAAUGUAACAAGUGUGUUUGAAGUUGCUUCCAUAAAUAAAUUACUAUAAGUGAUUGCAAGCAGAGUGUCAACGCGAUUAUUACAAAACCCAUUCAGUGUCCCAUUGUCUUCUCGUUUAUUAACACUUUGUUAUUGCAAAGAUUCACCUUUUCAGGUUCAAUAGUGUAAUCAAUGUUUUUAAUGUGAAUUAGUCUGCUACGCUAUGCCACAAACCGUUCCAUCUGCAGGAUUUACCCCGCCGUGCGACUACAGCAACUUUGCGGAAAACUUUGACUUGUCGCUGUUGCCUGGAGGCGACCAACCGCUAUCCUCAACCAUCCAGUUUUUCCCCACAUUGCCGGAAAAGCGCCCGUCGAUACAGCCAAAGAUUUUCACCACCUUCUACCCCAGCUCGCCCGAAAACCAAUCGACCAGCUCCGAUAGUGAGUUCCAGUCGGAUUUCCAGCCAGAUUUCCAGAAGCUGUUGGGCGAUAAUAAGAAGUAUCUGUCUCCUCAAUCGCCCAUUCAUCUGGAAGUGCCUCAGACCAGUGCUGUUGGACAGCAGGCUGGAUCCAGAUCGUUGUCUCCAUAUUCGCCUAGCUCGCAAGGCCUGUUGUCUCCUAAUGAUCAGUUUGGAGCCUACCGGGAGCAGACGUUUUACCCCAGUUCUCCAGAGUAUUCACUGUAUACUGGAAGUCCUUCUUCUGUCUACUCCAAGUCGUCUUGCGAGGAUUUUCUGCAGACUGGCUACAUCAAGGAGGAGGUUCUGAACAACUCCACUUCUCCGCUGCCCAACCUAGUCUCAUUCGGGAUUAAGGAAGAGAACUAUUUGGCAAGCUUUAACCUUUCCUGCCCAGUUUCUCCGGCCAUAUCUAACUACUCCAGUGUUUCAUCUCCUGAGCAAAUCCCAAAGCAAGCCGAUCUGGCCUUUGAGCCUCUGAAGCAAAUCAAGCAGGAAAGCACUGUGGACUUUAGUGAAAUCUUGGGCGACUUGCAAAACAAUGAGACACUCAGAGGACUUCUGAGCCAAAAACCCGAAGAACAGCUUCUCCAAACCGUACCUGACACACCAAAGGACCAUCAGCUGCUCAGACAGUUCCUCAGAGACACGACGUUUCAGAAAAAAUUCAACGUCCAUCCCAUCGACUUCACUUUCGUUAAUGGAGACAUCAAAAUGGAGGAACCAGACCAGGAGGACCUUAUUAUGGGCUGUGACGAGCAAAUUUCACGCGAAAGCAUCGAACCAGUGCUCAGUUUAGCCAUUGAACAGAUGAGGAAAGACGUGGAUGAUACUUGCACGCUAUUGGGCAUCUCUCCUGAUCCAUCAAAAUGGAGCCCUGCAGAUGUCCUGUCUUGGAUCCGAUGGACGUCCAGACAAUUCAACUGUUCGGAACCGGUAGCUGAAAGUUGGGACAUGUCCGGUACAGACUUGUUGGCGCUAUCGGAAAAGGACUUUACUAGCAGAGCUGCACAGGGUGGCAUGAUUUUGCACGCCCAAUUGGAAAUCUGGAAAGCAGCCUAUUCGGAGGAGAACCUGAAAAAUUGGGUACCAGAAAGCGUGCCCAGUAACGCAUCCAGUGGAGAUAUUUCGGAGGAUGAGGAUGACGAGUCGCACCCUCCAUCCGACCUGAACAAGCCCAGUACAUCUCGCACAGGUUCGCACAUUCAUCUUUGGCAGUUCCUCAAAGAGCUUCUGUCGAACUCUCAGACGCACGGUUCCUGCAUAAGGUGGCUGGACCGGACCAAAGGAAUUUUCAAAAUUGAAGACUCAGUAAAGGUGGCCAGACUUUGGGGAAAGAGGAAAAAUCGGCCGGCCAUGAACUAUGACAAACUGAGCAGAUCAAUCAGGCAGUACUACAAGAAGGGUAUUAUGAAGAAGACUGAACGUUCGCAGCGGCUGGUUUACCAGUUUUGCCACCCUUACAAUCUGUAGAGGCUUCACAUAAAAUACGCUUGGAGGUGAAAUCCCAAAGGUUCCAAACAGCAAUCGUUGUAGGUCAUGUGAUCUCAUUUUUGCCCUUUUGACAGUGCGGGUUGCUUAAGUGGACUGUUGAGGACACUUCCAAGCCUAAUAUUAAUUGUAAUUAUGGGGAUUAACUAGCGGUUAAGGGUAACUUGGUGUAGGUUUAUUGGUACUAGUUGCACUUUGAAGUUAUCAAAGUGCUAGAAUAUCUAGACGAAGUGGGGUAUUACCGCUUGCGUCCUGGUAUGCGCAUUUUGAGCGUGCUUUCGGAAGGUAAUUUCCAAUUGUUUCAAAAUAAUUAAAAUAUUUACCAGCUAGUAAAAAGGCGCCUAAACAACCACAGUCUUGAAUGACGGUUUUCGUUUGGAAAACAUCCUCGGUGCUCAAGUUUGCCACUUUCGAAGCUCAAGAAGUUUGUUCCAAAAAAACCCGAUUUUCCACAGACAGUGAGCUGGUUUUUGCGGUUUUUGGAAACUGGUGAUCUUGGUCCCAUAUAUCUAUGAUAUAUAAUGUAAUGUAAGUUCUAUGAACGAUGAGUUUUAUACGUAAGGUUAUGUACAUUGGAAUUGUGGACAAUUUUGUAUGUCCGCUCUAUAUUAGUCUCUCUAUUAGUCUUUAAGCCAAUAAUACUCUAAAUGGAUGUAGAUCUGUUGAUUUUUUUGUAUGUAUAUUUUACUGAUUUUGUAUUAUCAUGACAUUUUGUUUUAUAUAUUAACAUAAACUUUUAUUUAUUUAUUGAAUAUUUUAAGGAUCUGCGUACGAUUCAGCGUUGUAAUCAUUAAUUUUUAGUUAUUUAUUUUGCUAUGUACCUUUUUCACUUUGUCGAAUUUUUACCUUCUAGUUUUAAGGAAAUACAUUUGAAAUAACGCUAAA